AUGUCGUCGCGUGCUCUGCGGCGGGCCCAGCGGGAGCUGGAAGAGAAAGAACAGCAAGAGAAGCUAGCAGCUCAGAAGAAGCAAGAGGAAGACUCAGAUGAUGGGGAAACAGAGUCACUUGUUAAUGCGCGGACAAGCCUCUUCGCAGCGUUAGGCGACGCGGAAGAGGACGACGGCGAGGAUGGGGAGGAUGAGGACACAGAUACCGCAACAGACGCCCGCGAUAGCAGUACACAUCCCUCGAGUAGGAAAGAGACAGCUCCGGUGACCUCGAACGCUAAGCGGAAAAAGAAGAGAAAGGGCAAGGAAGGGAAGAGAGCACCGGGGCAGCCUGACCAGACAACAUCUGUUUCGAAGAAGCCAUCACAGGAACUGGACGAGAUAGACAUAGCGCUCAGAGCCCUGUCUACCACGGCGCAAGAUACUGAAGCCGAGACGCAGAGAACGAACCCAACCAACGCCGAACUGCUCGAGCUGUUCCAGCUGCUGUCGGUCGACUCCCAGCACCUCCAUGCCGCGAACGAGAUGCGCCGACUGUUUGGCCGUGCAGCCCUAGAAGACCAUGAAGAAGGCGAUCAGGCUGCAGGAGGUCGGAGGCGAGGCAGAGGACAGGGGCAGGUGGGCAUCGCUGGAGCUGUUGCAGGCAGGAACAUGCCUGGAGGCCGCGGGCUAGCGACUCUGGGUCUACGACGUAACAUGUUCAUACAAGGCAAGGAGGAUUGGCCGAAGGCACCAGCCGGCGGACUCGGUAUGGAGAUUGUCAAGAAGAACCCCGAUGGAACAGUCGAGUACCGCUUUGUGCACAGCAGCUCCUAUCAAGACGUGCAGUCACAGUUCGAGACAUGCGUCGCAUCAAUGGACCCCAAUCGCAUGGUCCAACUCCUGCAAUACAACCCGUAUCACAUCUCAACUCUGCUCCAGGUUUCCGAAAUCGCCAAGCAAGAACGCGACCACGCUACUUCCGGUGAUCUCCUUGAGCGCGCCCUCUUCUCCUUCGGCCGUGCCGUACACUCUACCUUCUCCACCAACGUCUCCCAAGGCAAAGCGCGUCUUGAUUUCCGCCGACCUGAGAACCGCGAGUUCUGGCUUGCGUCUUGGCGCUAUAUUGCCAAUCUCAGCAUGCGCGCUACCUGGCGGACUGUCUACGAGUGGGCGAAGCUGUUGUUGGCCCUCAGCCCGUCAGAAGAUCCCUACAAAGUUGGCCUUGUCAUUGAUCAGUUCGCCGUCCGCGGCCGCCAACAAGCCCACUUCAUCUCCCUGGCCACAAGCUCACACUUCCAGGACUUAUGGAAAGAUACUGCGAAUAUUCCACUGACCCUCGGGCUCGCAUACAUUCAAACUUCAAACCCCUCGACAGGCCGCAAAGUACUGCGUGAAGCGAUCGAACGCUGUCCCUGGGUCGCCGCCCGUCUCUUCAGCGAGCUGCAGCUCGAACCCAUACCACCCAGUGUAUGGGGCGCGUCACCCCCCACACCCUACGACGACCUCGAAACAGCACUCUACGCCACGCGCGCGAAAGACACCUGGAACACGCCCGAGGCGACCGCUCUACUAAUGGAAGUGGCCUCAGCCGCCAAACCGUCUUCCGCAACAUCCACCUCCAUCCCUUCCGAAAAAACCAUAGAUCUGGACCUCGCAAGGCACACGAUCCUAACAGACACCCCCGCGCUAAUCGCCCUCGUACCGCGCGAAUUCACAAGCCAGAUGCGCUCGAUAAGCGAUCCCCUCCCGCCGCCCGAUAACCUCCCCUCCUACACCCCCCGCGCGCCACGUACAAGCGGGCGCCACCCCACCAUCAGCCACCACGACCUCGACGCGCUGAUGCAGGAGCACGAGGAGCUCCUGUCCUUCUUCCGCCCCCUGCGACCUGCGCGAAGGACGGGCACGCCCGCCGACCCGGCCUCAGACACAGAGGCAGACAACGAUGACCGCCGUGGUCCCCCCACGCGCGAGGACAUCGAGCGGUUGGCUCACGAGUCUGGGAUCUCGGCUGAGGAGAUGAUGGCAAGGAUGCGCAGGGUGCUGGAACUGCAGACGGCGCUUGGGGAGGCGUUUACGGUGCUGGGGAUUCCGCCGGCUGGGAUGGUGCGUCGGGCUGCGAUGGGGGGGGAGGCGGGAGAGGAGAGCGACGAGGGGCUUGUGCGGGAUCUUUAG